GAUCCUUCUCGUCCUCCCGCGCCAUGGCCUCUUGCACCCAGCUCCUCCAGGGCAUCCUCGACGCCAACGAGACGUACGCCGCCGCGUUCGCCCAGGCCGACCCGGCCCUCCUCAAGAAGCUCGCCGCUGGCCAGAGCCCGAGGAUCUUCUGGCUCGGUUGCUCCGACUCGCGCGUCUCGGCAGAGCUCGCCACCGGUGUCGCCCCUGGGUCCAUCUUUGUUCACCGCAACAUCGCCCAGUGCUUCCACAAGGGCGACCUGUCGGCCUCUGCCGCCCUCGCCUACGCCGUGCACGUCCUCAAGGUCGAGGCCAUCAUCGUCUGCGGCCACACCGGCUGCGGCGGCGUCAGGGCUGGCAUGCAGGCGGCCGUCGACUCGUCGGACAAGGCGGCCAAGGGCGAGGAGGAGCCUGCGCCCGAGCCGGGCUCUGUGGCCGACACCAUCUCCAAGUGGAUCGCGCCCAUCAAGUCGCUCGCCUCGUCGCAGCUCCCGGCCUGCUCGGCCGCGUCGCGCUCGCCGCUCGACACGCUGUCGCUCGCCGAGCUGACGGACCAGCACGUGCGCGACACGGUCCAGGCCGUGUCCGAGUCGGACAUUGUGCGCGCCGCGUGGGACGAGGGGCGCGAGCUGAGCGUUCACGGGUGGGUCUACCACGUCGCGACGGCCAAGCUGAGGGACCUCGACUGCGGGUACAAGGGCGUGGGCGUCCGCGCCGAGUCGCUCUCGCGCCCGGCGACUUACGCCGACAGCGAGCCGCGCGACGACUAGACGCUCGCGCCGCGUCCUUCCUCUUCCUCGCGCUCUCAAGGUCUGUGUAGAUAGAAAGGAGGGCGCAGCCGGCUGGCUCUCUGCGAGAGCUCGUCGGCCUGCGCGCGGGCUCCUGCGCCGGUGGGUCUCUCGAGCCGGAAUCUCUGCAAUAUUCGUGCCCCUCUC